AUGAAUGGCCUCGACCUAGGAAAUGGUGGUUUAGGCGGAGUCCAUGCCGCGCUGGGUAAGUGCUCUUCGACGAGAGUAGUUGUAAUCCGCCUAUCUACUGACUCGCACGUCUUCGACAGGCGAUGGCGGCACUGGCGUUUCAGUCGGCGGUCUUGGAGUCGGCUCGGGGACUGGCAUCAACAGCAACAAUGGAAUUGGAGUCGGAGUGAACGGCAAUGGAGACGCGAUUCCUGGAGCCAACUCUGGUACGUUGUGACCUCGACAGACCUCGCGUGCAACUAGGCUGAUGUGAUGUAGGAGCUGGCGUUAACGUUGGCAGCCAGUCAGGAGGCACGUCUGAUGGCAUGAAGUACGCAAAUCAGAGAUGCGUGGAUAGCGAUUGAGGCACGUGCUAACACAUCCACAGCGCCGGCGGAGUCAAUGGUCUCUACCAUCUUGGUGGCGCGGCCGAUGCGUCUGGUCCUCCAUGUACCGUACAGGGUGGCCCAGCUCGUAAGUGGUCGCUAUUGACUGAGUUUGAUCUGGUCGCAGAACUAAUUUUUCCGUGUUCAUCAGGCCUCAUCUAUUUCCCUCCACCUGGAGAUGGUACCCCGAUAGACUCCGAGGGCACGGCUGUCGAGUCACCCAUUGAAGCCUGGGGCAAUACUUUCAACCCGGACUACUGCUAUCUCUCCGUGGAAACUCUCUAUGCUACGCUGGCGCCUUCAGGCACUGUCUCUGCUGCCACUACCGUCGGACCAACGUUUACCAACGCAAUCUUCCCCUUCAGAUCCUCGGAGAUCUCGACCCUUUGCCAGUCGACUUCCUCCACAUCUGCCAGCAACGCAGGCGCCACGUAUGCCGCCUCGUCUUCCGAAAAUGAAGCAGGACAGGUCGACUUCGGCGGUCUCUCAGCCGGCGCUGAAAGUGGCGAAGACUCGUGCCGAAACAUCGUCGCACCGCCUAGGUUUGCUGCUGUCGUGCCCGAAUGGUCCGGGGGACUCUUCUGGAAUCUGAAUUUCGAGGCACCGGCAAGUUUUUCCUGACAACCCAUUGUAUCUGCCGUGCCGAGUGACGGAGACUAACGACGAGCCCUAUACAGAUCCAACUCUCUCCACAGGUCGCGCACGGUCCCCCGCCCAGCGGCGGUCAACCAUGUCAGCAGUGUCCACGCCCUGCAUCUCCGGCGUCCGCCAAUACGCCUUCUCCUACGAUCUGUACUGCAGGCUGGGACCGGAUCCCGGGCGGUCCGCCGUGGUCCCAGGCCGUCACGGCAACCACGGCGCCGAGCGGUGUGCGUCCGAGUAUGUUUGGCCACUUCACGCCCAACACAACCCGUCCGGGUACUCCUACGCCGAGCGGUGUCGGUCCGAGUGUGUAUGGCCAGUUCACACUCCAAACAACCAGUCCGAGUACUCCUACGCCUGUCGGAACCAGUCCAGCUACUGCAACUGUCGGAACCAGCUUAGGCGUCGCCCCUAUCGGAACCAGUCCGUGUACUACACCUGUCGGAAACAAUUCAGUUGUCGCUCCUAUCGGAAUCAGCUCAGGCGUGGCCCCCAUCGGAUCCAGUGCAGUCGGCGCCCCUAUCGGAGCCAGCUCAGGCGUUGCACCCCUCGGGACAGGAAUUCCUAACAGCUUCACGACCGGUCCAGCACUGCCGCCAAACGCAACUGCUACGGGGACAUCGCCGGCUCCGUACACGGGAGCAGCCGCCAAUGUACCAGUGCUGCUCGACGCCGGACGGGGCAUUUCUUCCCUACUGGUGGGAGUUUUGCUCUUCUCGCUCGGAAUCAUGUGA